GUUGUAUUGGACUUAUUCCCCAUCCUUUGUUUCACCUACAACCCAUUCCCAGGCCACAAACCAAAGCAAAGCUCCGAAGCUUGCUCCUUUUUCAUCUUCUUCUUCUUCCUUCCAUGAGAUUGAGAUCCAUGUCCAUGUCGUCUUCUUCCUCUUGCUCCCAAUGCUAAUGUCUCGCCGCCUCAAAGACUUCGUGACCACCACAGCACUCUUCUUCUUCCUCCUCUUCGUCUUCCUCGGCUCCGGCGCCGCCGCCGGGCCCUCCAAGCGGCAGUUCUCGACGGUCGCCAUCACCCACACCUCCAACUCCACCAUCGUCUGCGCCCUCGUCCUCGACAAAGAUGACUCCGGCGCCAGCGGCGGCGCGAAGCUCCGGUGCGUCUCCCUGCCGUCCGGCGAGGUCACGACGUACCCGUCGGCGGACGUGCCGUUCAACGCCAUCGCCGCCGGCAAGGACUUUUUGUGCGGGCUGAUGGCCCCCACCGGGGGCCAUGCGGCGAUGCGGUGGUGGUCCUUCUCGGAGGAGAAGCUGGCGAACCGGUCCCGCCCCGUCGGGCGGCGCCUCUACUGGGGCGCCUCCCUCCGCUCCAUGGCCGCCGGCGGCGCCCACGCCUGCGGGCUCUCCGACGACCACGACCCCACCUGCUGGGAAUGGCCCUCGCUGUCGCUCCCCAAGGGCCUCGACUUCUCCCUCAUCGCCCUCGGCCAUGACUUCCUCUGCGGCGUCCUCAAGAACGACUCCGCCGACCUCCGAUGCUUCGGGACCACGGGCCCCACGAGCUCGAGCUCGUCGUCGUUCAUGGCGCUCGCGGCCGGAAGGCGCCACGCGUGCGCUGUGGACGACAAGGGGCGGCUUGUCUGCUGGGGGGAGGGGAACCCGGCGGUGGUGGAGGGCGAGCUCCCCAAGGAGAUGGCGGCCAUGGCGCUCGGGCAUGACACGACGUGCAUCCUCGGCGGGGACGGGAGGGUGCGGUGCUGGGGCGUGGAGGUGCCGCCGGAGCUGAGGACGACGGCGUUCGUGGCCGUCGAGGCGGACGGCGGCGCCGUCUGCGGCGUCGUCGCCGUCAACUACGCCGUCGUCUGCUGGAGCAAUGACGGCCGGUUCGCCGCCGGGAAGAAGAGGAGCAGAGUGGUGUUUAAUGAGACGAUGCCGGGGAGCUGCGCGCCGAGGAAGAGCUGCGAGUGCGACGUCGUCUCCGGCUCCGGCGCGCUCUGCGGGACCGGCGGCGGGAACGGCGCCGCCGGGGAGCUCGCCGUCUGCCAGCCCUGCAAGGUCGCGCUCUCCAGGCUCGUCAUCUCCAACAACGGCAGGACGGCGGCCGAUGGCUCAUCGGAGUCGGAGAAGAAGAAGAUGCCGCUGGUGGUCGGGCUCAGCGUCUCCGGAGCAGUGGUGCUCGCGGUGGCCGGAAUGGCCGUCGUGUUCGUGUUCAAGAGGAAGAGGCCGGCGUCGGAGAAGAAGAAGAGCGUGCGGCUGGGGGAGUCGUCGUCGACGGGUCUCUGCCGGGACAUCGAGUCGAGCAUGGCGGUGUCGCCGGCGUCGGAGAAGAACAAGCAUCCCCAAACAAACAACCGCCCUCUCGGGUGCGAGGAGUUCACGCUCAAGGACCUCUCGCGGCUCACCAAUGGCUUCGCGGAGGAGGCCAAGAUCGGGGCCGGGAGCUUCGGGUCCGUCUACCGCGCCACGCUCGCCGACGGCCGCGAGGUCGCCAUCAAGCGCGCCGAGCGCCGCCCAAACUCCUCCGCCACCGGCGGCGGCGAGCGGCGGCGGCAGCGGCGCCGCUUCGACGCGGAGCGCGCGUUCCGGUCGGAGCUCCGCCUCCUCUCCCGGGUGAACCACCGCAACCUGGUCUCCCUCCUCGGCUUCUGCGAGGAGCGCGGCGAGAGGAUCCUCGUCUUCGAGUUCAUGCCCCACGGCGCGCUCCACGACCACCUCCACGCCGACCCCGCCGGCGCCGGAGAAGACAACCAUUCGGCGUCGCCGCUGUUCACCUCCUGGGAAGCUCGGCUGCGGGUGGCGCUGGACGCGGCGAGGGGCGUCGAGUACCUCCAUUGCUACGCCGUCCCGGCGAUCAUCCACCGCGACAUUAAGCCCUCCAACAUCCUCCUCGACGCCGACUGGACCGCCAAGGUUUCCGACUUCGGCCUCUCCCUCGUCUCCUCCAACUCCGGCUCCACAGCCACCACAACCACAACAACCACAGCAUCCACCUCGUCGGCGUCAAUGGCGACGGCGGGGACGGUGGGCUACAUGGACCCGGAGUACUACCGGCUCCAAGAGCUCACCGAACGCAGCGACGUGUACAGCUUCGGGGUGGUGCUGCUGGAGCUCGUCACCGGCAGGAAAGCGAUCCACCGGGACCGGAGCUCGCCGGAGGGCAGCGGCUCGCCGCGGAACGUGAUCGAGUUCGCGGUGCCGGCGGUGGAGGCCGGCGAGGUGGAGAAGAUCCUCGACGGCCGCGUCCCGCCGCCGAAGGGACACGAGGUGGAGGCGGUGGCGCGGGUGGCCAAGAUCGGCGCCGAGUGCGUCCGGCCGAGGGGCCGAGGGCGGCCGGUGAUGUCGGAGGUGGUGGCGGAGCUCGAGUGGGCCGUGACGCUCUGCGAGGAGUGCGUCGUCCGCAACAACUCCGGCGGGAGGAACUACAGCAGCAGCGACAUGUCGAGGUCGAGGAAUGGCGGCGGCGGCGGCGGAGACAUCUCGAGGUCGGAGUCCGACGAGCCGAGCCCGUACCACACGAGGGAGCUGGAGUUCAGCUUCCAUUCCGGCCCCUCGGCCUCGGCCGUCUUCUCCGGCUCCGGUGCCGGCGCCGGCGACGGCGGAGGAGCCGCGCAUGGAAGGUCCUACUCCACCAUGUAAAUUAAGGAUCUCAUCAUUUUUUUUUCUUCUUCUUUUCUCUUUUGCAUACAUUGUUGAGCUCCGAUUAAUUUGUGUAGGAUGAAAUGGAUUAGUUCUUGUUCAUAAAAAUUUUACAGAGGGGAAAAUUAAAACAGAGAGAUCAGAAACAGUUUCUCGUUUUGUUAUUUCUUCCCUUGCCACAGUGCCACGGAUGGAUUUGCUGUAAAUUUGCUGAGGUGAAUUAGUUUUGACCUUUUUGUGAUCUGUGAAUAAGAAAUUUUUCAAAAUAA